AGAGGGAUGCUUUCAGCCGGUGUUUGGUUCUGAUAUUUCCGACUGCACCUGACAUACACAGCACCCGGAGUCACCCUGCAGCUGAAGUGAUCCUCCGGACCUCCUCUCCUCUCCUCUCCUCACCGGGUAUCUGCCACCAUCAGCCGGCCAUGGCUCAACGGGGCUUCUUCGUGGGAGGAAACUGGAAGAUGAACGGCAACAAGGAGAGUCUGGAGGAGCUGAUCACCACCCUGAACACCGCCAGCCUGGACGAGCAGACCGAGGUGGUGUGUGGAGCUCCCUCCAUCUACCUGGACUUUGCUCGGUCCAACCUGGAUCCCAAGAUCGGUGUCGCAGCCCAGAACUGUUACAAGGUGGCCAAGGGGGCGUUUACAGGGGAGAUCAGUCCGGCCAUGAUAAUGGACUGUGGGGUAGACUGGGUGAUACUGGGACACUCUGAGCGUCGUCAUGUCUUUGGGGAAAGUGAUGAGCUGAUUGGUCAGAAGGUGGCUCACGCUCUGGAGAGUGAUCUGGGUGUAAUCGCCUGCAUUGGGGAGAAGCUGGAGGAGCGGGAGGCAGGCACCACAGAAGAAGUCGUCUUUGCUCAGACGCAGGUCAUUGCAGAAAACGUGAAGGACUGGGGGAAAGUGGUGCUGGCGUAUGAACCUGUGUGGGCCAUCGGCACAGGCAAAACAGCUUCACCUGAGCAGGCACAGGAGGUCCAUGAGAAGUUGAGGGCGUGGUUCCGAGCCAACGUCUCAGACGACGUGGCCGACUCUGUGCGCAUCAUCUACGGAGGUUCAGUGACGGCAGCUAACUGCAGGGAGCUGGCGGCUCAGGCAGACGUGGACGGCUUCCUGGUGGGUGGAGCCUCUCUCAAACCAGAGUUUGUCGACAUCAUCAAUGCGCGCGCAUAACCGGUGCAGAAAAAUGGCUCCAUCGAAGCUAAUUAAAAUACACCCAGCCCUUUAGAUCGUCACCAUGUAUCCUCAAACUGAGCUGACUGAUCCACAGAUGUGUCGAAUUACAGGACGUUUUAUGAUGAAUGAGAUAAGUGUAGGGCAGUAGAAUGAAUUCAAAGUAACUACCAACACUUUAUUGUCUUAUUUUGCUAUCAUUUUUGGGAAUUUAGCUUAUUAAUUUGUCGUAUUACUUUAUGGAGUCAAACUGCUAUUUGUUUCUAUUUCUUCUUACCAUUGGGUCUGUUUAUAACGUUGGGUCACAGUAUUGGAUAUCUUCCAGCCUUUUUGUCUUGACUUCAAGAUCUGUAAACAUCUUAAAAAUGAGAAAUUUUACAAUAGGUCCUCAUGUUUUCAGCUGAUUUAGAGGAAAUAAGUUCUGCCUCAGGGGUUAAAGCGAUAGUGUGUAUCGUCUAUUUUUCAGAUGACUAUUUUUUCUGCUUUCUGUCUUUAUUUGAGAGGUGGAAGUGGUGACAAACAAGAUCAUUCAGAUAGGAGAUAUAAGAUAUAUGAAAUUAAGAUUCGAUGCAAACAAUUUCUUUAAUCUCCCUCUUAGAAAAGAAAAAAUAUUAAGUCAUAUGAAUGAUAGAUUCAGCAGUUAAUUGGAGGUAAAAUGAGAGAUAUUAUUUCUGGCAGACGAUCAGUCACCCCAGGUUGCUCUGUGUCUUAAACACUGUUGUAAUGUUGUAUCAAUGUUGCACUCUCUCACCAAACUGCACUAACUGUUACUUCAGGACAAUAAGAGCUCUGGAUAGAAUGUACUUAGAUAUAUAUUAUGAUAUGUACACAAAGUCUAUCUUUUGCUGCUACUGUGAAGUUGUCACCCAUAGGCACAAAAGAGUUAACACUGCACACAUGCUGCUGUAUGUUUAACACUGGACCUGAAUGAAUAAAUAAAAUGUGGAUA